GUUCACCGGUCAAAAAGUUCCAAAAUGUUAUAAAAUGAAUGCUAUCUGAAUAACAACCACAUUUACACCAUAAGUUGUGCAUAGGCAACACAGCCUUCCGAAGUUUAGCCAAACCUAUUAGACAUUCUCUGGCCAAACUACCAACUGCUCCCUUACAAUCAUGGCUGAACGUUAGAUCCUUUCUUGUCCAAUUCACUCGGCGCAGUUCGAUGACGCAAUUUCUAGGACACGUGAAUUGGUAUGGCAAGACUGCAAGAAACAAGAAAGAAUGCAGUUCCGCCGUGUCGGACUCCAAUGAGGUCUCCGAGGACAAGCCGGACAGCCCGGCCGGAGGACCCGAAGCCCUGUCCAAACGGCAGAGGAAGCGGCAAGCCAAAGCACAGCAGUGGGAGGAACAGCGAGAGCUCCGCAAAUGCGUCGUGCGUCGCCACACACACACAUACAUGCUGUGCACACCUCAUACACACAUGAACACACUUGUUUGUGUUUGCGUGUUGCAGGACGUCAGGAAACUCCACAAGCAGAUUCAGAGGUGUUAUGCUGAGAACAGACGCGCGGCGCGCCCCGUCCAGUUCUACCUGACCAGUCUCGGAGGACAGCUGAAGCAGAAUAUGGACGAGCGGGAUAGCGGCUGGGUCAACUGGAAGGACAUCAGUGUGAAGCUCGAGCACUUCCAGGAAGUGAUGCGUAAGGAAGACCUGGUCUACCUGACCUCGGACUCGUCCAACGUGCUCAAGGAGCUGGACGAGUCUAAAGCUUACGUCAUCGGAGGCCUCGUGGAUCACAACCAUCACAAGGGAAUCACAUUUGAGCGUGCUCAGGAGCUUGGAAUUGACCACGCUCAGCUCCCAUUGGGGGACUUUGUCAAGAUGAACAGUCGCAAAGUACUCGCUGUCAACCAUGUAUUUGAGAUCAUGCUGGCGUACCUGGAGAAGAGGGACUGGCGAGAGGCCUUCUUUACAGUCCUCCCCCAACGGAAGGGGGCGGUUCCUGUCGAAGGGGAGGAGCCAGACAGUGAUGAAGACUCACCCCCUAAGCACACAGACCAGGAUGAAGAGCAAGGCAGCUCUGAUGGACACUCCGAGUCAGCAGAACCAAUCAAGCAGGAGGGUGGAGACACCCAGGACCAAUCAGAUGGCAAACAGAAAAAGACGGACACCUCGGUCAGCCAAUCAGAAGACAAGCCUCAGGAACAGACUGCUGCCUAGACCAAAUGACUGUUCAUUUGUUGUUUUUCAGUUUAUUGGUGAAGAUGAAGCCUUUGAGGCUUGAUAAGUUUUUAAGUUGCCUGGUGUCUCACAGGGGAGCGUGGUGGUCCUGUCGCGUGGUGGUCCUGUAGUUUCAGCUCAUGCUCUUGUUUUUGGAUUGCAUUUAGGUCUUCAGGCUUACUUACUUACAUUAAGUAAAGAAACUUGUGGUGAACUAUGUUUUCAUUGACAUGUUUUUAUUUGAUUUCUCAUUAAAAAUAGACAUUUUCAAUUAA